ACGCCGCAAGCCCCCUCCCCGCCCUCCCCUCGUGCGUCAGCCCUUCCCCGUCGCCAAAGAUGGGCAGAGGCGCGGCUUCCCCCCUUCAAAAGCCCCACGCGCGACGCGUGGCUCCAAAAGCAGCGGCUGAACCGCGAGGGAGACAGACCUGGGUGCUUUGGACAGACUGCUGCCCGCCUGUGCCGUCCUCCUCCCUCCUCCGCACCGUCUCCGUGGGGCUUCGGGUUGGGGCGCUUGCCUUCCCAUGCGGCCGCGGAUCAUGUCUCACAACUACCUCCUCGCACCCAUCCAAGAGCUCCCCUCCGAUUUCCUCGUCAAGGACGUGAAGCUGGCCGUGCUGGGCACCGGGAGCGUGGGCAAAAGCGCAAUGAUAGUACGGUACCUGACCAGGAGAUUUAUUGGAGAUUAUGAACCCAAUACUGGUAAUCUGUAUUCAAGACUUGUUCAUGUUGAAGGUGAUCAAAUUUUCUUGCAAAUCCAAGACACCCCAGGAUGUAUUGAGGUUCAAGAAGACAUUGCACAGACGUUGGAUUCGCUAUCCAGGUGUCUUAAGUGGGCGGACGGUUUUCUCUUGGUAUAUUCUAUUACAGACUACAAUAGCUACCGGUCUAUUCGUCCACUCUACCAACACAUUCGGAAGAUUCGCCCUGAUGCAAAAACUCCUGUUGUCAUAGUUGGUAACAAAGGGGACUUGACUCAUUCUCGACAGGUGGCGGUGAAUGAUGGCUUCCAGUUGGCCAAUGAACUGGGCAGCGUGUUUCUAGAAGUUUCCACUAGUGAUAAUUACCAAGGGGUAUGCGACGUGUUUCAAUAUCUUUGCAAGGAAGUCAGCAAAGCACACAGCUGUGGCAGCGGAGACAAACGGAGGUGCUCUGUCAUUCCCCGCCCCAAAUCACCAAACAUGCAGGAUCUCAAGAGACGUUUCAAACAGGCUCUGUCUUACAAAAUCAAAUAGCCAGCAGCCUACAGCUCCUACUGAACAGACUGUUUUAUAAACUAUAUAUUUCUAAGAAGAUUUUAUUUUUGUACUGGAGCGCUUUAUCUAUGAAAGUAUACAACUUUCUUGCAAUGUUUUUAUAUGAAUGAAUUCUCCUCCCAACCAAAAAAAUGUCUUAAUUGCAACAAAAUAAAACUGGGAAAGGGAUGGGCCCAAGUUGCCAAUUUCUACAUUUAACUUAGGAUGCAUGCAGUAGACAUAUUUCUACUCUGUCAGAUUUCAGUAACAAUCAUGACAUGUCCUAAUUUUUAAUAUUUCAUUGUUAACUGGGUGGUGGACUGGGGUGCCGGCAUCCUCAGCACACUCAGAAACACACUGAAAUCCCAUUGAUAUGGCCAUCCCUACUAUCAGGCAAAGGGAGGCAUAUGCCUCAUCUAGCAGAAGCUGCAGGGUACAGACUCUUUACCAUUCCUUCUGAUCCAUCCAACCAUUUUCUUCUGUUAGCGAACAGACCUGGAUCCAUCCACAGCCUGUUCUGUACCCUUUAAAGUAAUCUGUAGAACCUCAGCGAUGGAGAACCAAGAGUGUGUAUCUACUGAAGUAAUAGCAGUUUGGUAGCAUUUUAACUGUCAUGGCUGCAUUCUAUGGAAUCCUAAGAUUUGUAAGUUAUGGGUGUCUUUGAACUUUAAUUCUGUAGUUCUGUUUUCUCUCCAGCUUACAGAUUCCAAGAUUCUAUAGGAUAGAUCCAUGGCAGUUACAGUGGUGUCAUUUUUAAAAAUUCAGUGAUGGAGAUCUAUCCCAAGUCUCAUAAACAAUGUCAAAAUAAGAUUCUACCCCCAAUGGAAUUGUUGUAGGGAGCCUCUUUUCCCUCAGGCAGAAAAAAUAUCUUGGUUGGCCCUUCCUAUGGAUUGAUUUUCACUUAAAAGCAAAUGAUGCCCGUUCCUUCAAUACCUGAAUAUGAGGAGAGAAUUGCAACAUGACCAAUUCUGUAAAAAGAUGGGAAACUGUAUGAGUUUAUAUAAUUGCAAAAUAAAACUAUUAGAUACAAUUGUAAAAA